ACUCUAAACACUGUCCUUACGUCCUCCCAUUCUGCGAAACGAGCCUUGGACCGGGACCAGCGAUCAUGAACGCGGCGAGCGCGAAAGGGAACAUGCAAUACAACGACCCCUCUCUCCGAAACCCAAACGCCGCUUUGGACAAGUACGACCAUCGCAUGGCUCCCGAGAUGAUCGUUGGCGCGAUCUUCGUCGCUAUUCUGGUCUCAUUUGCCAUCGGGCUUUGGAUCGCCCUCGACAAGAAUCUUCGCGCAAGACUCCGACGGUGGAUGACGUGCGGGUGGAGGAAGGAGGAUAACGGGACGCGUUCGGCGGAGAACUCGCUCGGAGUCCAAUCUAACAUGUCGAGGAUCAGUACGACAUCGAUGGAGGAAGACCUCGAGAGCGCAAUGAGGAUGCCGCUGCAUCGCCCACAUGUCAGCCAUAUGCCGAGCCCGCUGCGACAGAACACAACGGAGACGAAGAGUCUUAGUCCGCUGUUAGCUCAAAUAGCGCCUCUUCCUGCACUCUCAGUGUCGUAGCUCACCGCUGCAUCAAUAUUUCUGUCGUCCUGUAUGUACAUAGCAUUGGUCUCCU